AUGCAAGAAAUCAUAGUAAUCACUUGCCCAGGUGGCAGACAAUGCUCCCAUCUAAUCCCUCUCUUAUACAACAAUUCCAGAUUCAAACUCCGUCUAGCAGCCCACACCACUGAAUCCGCCUCUCGUCUCCAAACAACCUACCCAAAAGCCGAAGUACAAACAUGCGACACCACCUCCAUCGAAGAAUGCCGCAAGCUCCUCAACAACGCAACAUCAGUCUACCACGUAGGCCCCUCGCUCCACUCCCGUGAAAUAGAAAUCGGGAUCAACAUGAUCGACGCAGCCGUUGCCGAGAGCCAAAGGCCAGAUACCAAUUUCAAGCACUUCGUCUAUUCCAGCGUGCUCGGUACCCAGCAUCGAAACCUCAUGCAACACGAUCACAAGAGUCGCGUCGAAGAAAGACUACUACUAAGUCCUCUAAACUUCACAAUUCUCCAACCGACCAAUUUCAUGGAUGUGUAUCCGCCUGCUGCGCUCUCGAAAACCGAGGACCCAUCUAUCGAGUAUGUUUGGAACAUUUAUAAUCCAAAUGUUGCCAAUAGUUUAAUUGCGCUCAGAGAUCUGGCUGAAGCCGCGGCUCGGGUUUUGGACGAGCAGGAACCACACUAUUUCGCUCAGUAUCCGCUGUGCUCGACCUUGCCGAUAUCUGAUGCGGAUGUUAUCAAGGUAAUUGGAAAACAUAUUGGCAAGGAGAUAAAGGUUCCAACUCCUACUUUCGAAGAGGGUGUUAGCAAGGUUCUUAAGCUUUUAUAUACCGGGGAGAGUGGGGUGUAUAGUGGGGAUCAUGUGGAUUCGGAUUUGAGAUGGCCGGCCUCACAUGGGGAUUUACGGCCUGAUAUUACAAGGGACGAGGCUGAGAGGUUGAUCUUGUUUUAUAAUCGGCGUGGAUUGAAAGGAAAUCCCAGUGUCUUGAGGUGGUUGCUUGGGAGGGAGCCUACGACUGUUGAUGAGUGGGUGAAGAUUCAACUGAAAGGCUAG